GUCACCACUUUAUUUUUAGUCUCUUAAUUGCUCGGUGCAGGCUAGGUUAUUUAAACAAUUUAUCACAUCUGUUGUGCUGCACUACAUACUAGUAGCACAGCCUCAGUUUGGUUGCAAAAAUGUCGAAGAUUGAAAGUCCAACAGGAGAAAUAUCUUUUGUGGUCAAUGGAGUUCUGCAUACAAUUUCUGCCUUGUCGCAGCUUCCCCUCACAAUCUCCUUGAACAGCUACUUGAGAGAUGUGGCAGGGUUAAAGGGCACAAAGGUCAUGUGUCGUGAAGCUGGCUGUGGAUGCUGUGCUGUCAGUGUUACACACCUGGAGCCUCUUUCUGAUCAGUACCAAACCUACACCGUCCCUUCGUGUCUGACCCCGCUGUAUUCAGUAGAUGGUUGGCAGAUCACAACCACAGAAGGAAUUGGCAGCCAGAUUGAUGGAUUUCAUCCAAUCCAAGAGAGGAUUGCACAGUUUAAUGGUACACAGUGCGGAUACUGUACACCAGGGAUGGUCAUGAAUAUGUAUGGUCUCCUUCACCAAUAUCCUAAUGCUACAAGUGAAGACGUGGAAGACAAUUUUGAUGGGAAUUUGUGUCGCUGUACAGGGUAUCGGCCAAUUUUGGAUGGUAUGAAAUCAUUCACAACCGGACACAAGGGAGGCAACUCUAUUGAUAUUGAGGAUCUAGACAGGAAGCUGUGUCUAAAGACAGGUAAACCAUGUCUUAAAUCAAGCAGUUGUCUUGACUUGGAAAGGGACGGAACCCACUGGUACAGGCCCGUUUCACUGAAAGCUCUUAGCACAUUGCUGCAGGCAAACAAGGAAAGAAAAAUCAGGCUACUUUUUGGCAAUACAGCUUGUGGAGUCUACAAACAUGAUGGUCAUUUUGAUGUUUAUGUAGACUUGCACAACAUAAAAGAGCUCUACUGUUUUCAGAUUGAUGUAGAUUCUAUGAAAAUUGGAGCAGCCACAACACUAACCCAGCUGGUACAAAAGUUGAAGGAAAACCAGACAAAACAUGGGUUUAAAUAUUUUUCCACUGUUUACAAACAUUUCAAGCAGUUGGGCAAUGCAAUGGUUAGAAAUGUGGGGUGUGUAGCUGGUAACCUCAUGUUAAAGCAUGCCCAUCCUGAGUUCCCAUCUGAUGUGUUUACUGUGUUUGCUGCUCUUGGUGCUACACUUGAAAUACAUGAUGCUGUUACUUCAAAGAGUGCAUCAUACACUAUGAUGGACUUCCUGAAAAAUGUCAACAUGUCCAGUAAAAUCAUAACAGCUGUGGUCUUACCUUCACUGAAUGAGGACACAAGUUUUGAGUCUUACACUGUUACCCCUAGAUGGCAGAAUGCACGUGCUUAUGUCAAUGCAGCUUUCAAAUUUGAAUGCAAGAACAACACAAUUUACAACCAACCAUCAAUUGUUUAUGGUGGCAUCUGUUCUGAAAUGAAUCAUGCUCCUAAAACAGAAAAGUUUUUAACCAAUAAACCUAUAAGCAAACAAGUUCUAACAAAUGCUCUAAACAUCCUCAAAGAAGAGAUAGCUCCAGACAAAGGUCAGCUGUUGGCCUCCACCAGUUAUAGAAAAAGCUUGGCCUUGACAUUGCUAUAUAAGGCUUUCCUUAAAAUCUGUCAACCAUCAGACGAAAGGUUGACUUCUGGCCAGUGGAGCCUCAACCACCCAGUUUCCUCUGGUUUGCAGACUUAUCCAAUAUUGACCAAGGAAAGCCCAUUAAAAGUAGCUUUACCAAAACAAACUGCUACUUUGCAGGCCUCUGGUGAAACAGUGUAUGUAAAUGACAUCCCAAACUUUCAACAUGAACUUUAUGGAGCAUUUGUUAUUUCAACUGUUGCAUCAGCCAUCUUGGAGUCUAUAGAUCCAUCUGAAGCUCUAAACAUGCCAGGGGUGGUUAAAUUUCUUACUGCUAAAGAUAUACCUGAAGGUGGGAAGAACGACUACAUGGCCAGCUCUGGUCUCAUUAAGUUGAAACAGGAAGAGCUUUUUGCAACGAGAGAAAUAACCUUCUGUGGACAAACACUUGGCUUGAUUAUUGCAAAAACCAUAGGUCAAGCAAAGGCAGCAGCAAGGAAGGUGAAAGUUACAUAUUCAGAGAUAUUUGAACCUAUUCUUACUUUACAAGACAGUAUUGCACAUAAUAAGGAGUACGACUUUUCCCCUAAAGAAUAUACUGUUGGAAAACCUGAUGAAGCCUUGCAGUCAGUGGAUAGAGUAGUAGAGGGUGAAUGUCAGUUGGGAGGACAGUUCCAUUUCUAUCUGGAAACCCAGGUGUCACUAGCAGUUCCCAGUGAAGAUGGCAUUGACCUUUAUGCUGCCACUCAACAUUCAGAAAUGAAUCAAUAUGUAGCUGCUGAAGUUAUUGGAAAACCACUGAAUUUCAUCAAUGUGACAGUUCCACUGAUUGGGGGUGGGUUUGGUGGCAAAAACUUUAACUCAAAUGUUGUGACAGCUGCUGUUACAUUAGGGGCUUACCUCACUCGCAGGCCAGUGCGGAUGUCUCUAGACCUAUCCACUGACAUGCAGAUUAGUGGCAAAAGGCCGCCAGUGCUGGCUAAAUACAAGGCAGGGUUCAGUGAGAGAGGGGAGCUACAGGUGGUCGAAGUAGACUUGUACAUUGACUGCGGGCACAAAGAUAGCAUGAACAAUGUUAUUGGUCCCAUGAAAAUCUUUCGCUACAUGGAUAUGGGCUACCAUGUACCAAACUGGAAGGUUCGGCCACAUCUGAUGUUUACCAACAAACCAACAAUGGCCCCUGCUAGAGCACCUGGCUCUGUGCCAGGUGCCCUCAUUAUUGAGACCAUAAUGGAGCAUGUAGCUGCAUCUCUGAACAUUCAUCCUAUUGUUGUCAAGGAGUUGAAUCUUUAUGAUAAUGGCCAGUUUGACCAACUAGGCCAUGAGAUGAAACAUUGUCUGAUGCGUAAAGUCUGGGCACAGGUGAAAGAAAUGGCUGAAGUUGACCAAAGGCUGAAGGAUAUGGAAUCUUUCAAUCAAAACAAUCUUUGGAAAAAACGAGGCCUCACGAUGUCAGGAUGCAAGUACGGCAUGGCAUAUGUUGGACAUGGACUGCCCGCCACUGUGUCAAUAUUUGCUGGAGAUGGCUCAGUAGCGGUCAGUCAAGGAGGUGUUGAGAUGGGUCAGGGACUAUACACCAAGGUGGCCCAAGCUGUGGCUUAUAUUUUAGGAGUGCCUUUAGAAAAUAUCAAAGUGCGACCCAAUCAGACCAUUAUCUCCCCUAAUAGUACUAUAAGUGCUGCAAGUAUUGCCACAGACUCAGCUGUUUUUGCAGCAAUAGAAGCGAGUAAAAUUCUCAGGGAGAGGAUGCAGCCAAUGAGAAAUAAAUUUCCAAACGCCACUUGGAAAGAACUGUGUGAUAAAUGCCUGCACAACAAGAUAGAUUUGUCAGCAAGAUAUAUGUUUUCUGAAGGUCUUGGAAAACCCUUCUUCAACUACUUCUCAUACAGUGCAGCCGCCAUUGAAACAGAAGUGGACAUUCUAACUGGACAGUCUUGCAUCAGGAGGGUGGACAUUGUUGCUGACUAUGGAGAAAGCCUGAAUCCAGCUCUAGAUAUUGGACAAAUUGAAGGGGCGUUCAUGAUGGGACUUGGAAGUUACAUGUUUGAAGAUAUUCUCUUUGAUGAAAAAACUGGCAAGGUCUUGAAUGAUAGCACUUGGGAAUACAAGCCACCAUCUGCAAAAGAUAUUCCUAUCGACUGGAGAAUUCAUUUAAUGUCAGAUGUUUCAAAUCCUUUUGGAGUUUGUAGCUCAAAAAAUGUGGGAGAGUCCCCAAUUUCCUUAUCAGUUGGAGUGUUGAUGGCCAAUAAGCUGGCUGUCAGGUCAGCCUGUAAAGACUUACACAAAGAUGAUUCUUAUAAACCUACAGUUGCACCCUACACAGUAGAGAGAAUUCAGCAAAGUGUUGGGCUAACCACAGAUGACCUGAUCUUUUAAACAUCACUUUCAGUCAUGCAUGACUGGUAUGUGUGGAGGAGGAGGGAGAUAACAUUACACUGAUAUUACUUAGUAAAAUAAUCUGUUGCACUAAUUUUUUUUGUAAAAUUGUAAAAUUUUAUACAUAACAUUUUACAAAAUAAAAACUUUGUUAUAUAGCAA